UCCACUUCCUGGUCGUUGCUGUCAAACACAAGCCUCGGUUUGGAUAACAACCGAUGUCCUUAGUCGCCGCCCCGAGCGAGUUUUAAUCAGCCACAAAACAAGAAAUCCUGGAAGAUGGCGUUCAGGAAGGCUCUGAAACAGACGGCCUUCAUCGGCGGCGGGGCGGUCGCCACCGUUUUUGGCCUUUCACAGCUGAUCGAGUACAAAAAGACACAGCAUGGAUUGAUCCAGACUCGGUUAGCCCACGUGGCUGCAGAAGCAGAGCUGAGGGUUCCCUUCGCCGACGAGUUCCCCUCUCGGCAGGCGCAGCUCGCGGCGCUUCAAAGCACAGAGGAGUUUGACGUCCUGGUCGUUGGGGGAGGGGCCACGGGUGCAGGAUGUGCCUUAGACGCUGUCACACGCAACCUCAAGACUGCUCUCGUAGAAAGAAACGACUUCUCUUCGGGGACGAGCAGUCGGAGCACCAAGCUGAUCCACGGCGGCGUCCGCUACCUCCAGAAGGCCAUCAUGCAGUUAGACUACGAACAGUACAUGAUGGUGAAGGAGGCCCUCCGCGAGCGAGCCAACCUCCUGGAGAUUGCACCUCACCUCUCUGCACCGCUACCCAUCAUGCUGCCUGUGUACAAAUGGUGGCAGUUGCCUUACUACUGGGCGGGGAUCAAGAUGUACGACUUGGUGGCUGGGAUCCAGAAUCUGAAGAGCAGCUACGUCCUCGGUAAGACCAAGGCCCUGGAGCAUUUCCCCAUGCUGAAGAAGGACAAGCUGGUGGGAGCCAUCGUCUACUAUGACGGGCAGCACAAUGACGCCCGUAUGAACCUGGCCAUCGCCCUCAGCUCCGCCCGCUACGGCGCCGCCGUCGCCAACUACACCGAGGUGGUCCACCUGCUGAAGACGAAGGACCCGCAGACCGGCAAGGAGAAGGUGUGUGGCGCCCGCUGCAGGGACGUCAUCACAGGACAAGAGUUUGAUGUGAAGGCCAAGUGUGUGAUCAACGCCACCGGACCGUUCACCGACUCCCUGAGGAAGAUGGACAACCAGGGAACCAAAAACAUCUGCCAACCCAGCGCUGGUGUUCACAUCGUCAUCCCUGGUUACUACAGUCCUGACAACAUGGGUCUGCUCGAUCCGUCCACAAGUGACGGACGCGUCAUCUUCUUCCUGCCCUGGGAGAAGAUGACCAUCGCCGGGACCACCGACUCGCCCACCAGCGUGACGGCCCACCCGAUCCCGGGGGAGGACGACAUCAACUUCAUCCUGAGGGAGAUCCGCAACUACCUCAGCCCCGACGUAGAAGUGCGCCGAGGAGACGUGUUGGCAGCGUGGAGCGGCAUCCGUCCCCUGGUGACCGACCCCAACUCCAAGGACACUCAGUCCAUCUGUAGAAACCACAUCGUCAGCAUCAGUGACAGCGGACUGGUCACCAUCGCUGGGGGCAAGUGGACUACCUACAGAUCCAUGGCUGAAGAGACUCUGGACGCAGCCGUCAAAACCCACGGCCUGUCUGCGGAGCCCUGCAAGACCGUGGGUCUGAUGCUGGAGGGAGCCAAGGGCUGGACGCCGACCCUCUACAUCCGCCUGGUGCAGGACUACGGGCUGGAGAACGAGGUCGCUCAGCAUCUGGCCUCGACGUACGGCGGAAAGGCGUUCGACGUGGCCAAGAUGGCUCAGGUCACCGGGCAAAGGUGGCCGAUCGUGGGGAAGAGAUUGGUGUCUGAGUUCCCUUACAUCGAGGGCGAGGUGCUGUAUGCGAUGAAGGAGUACGCCUGCACAGCAAUCGACGUCAUCGCCCGGCGAACACGCCUGGGCUUCUUGAACGUGCAGGCGGCGGAUGAAGCCCUGCCGCGCAUCGUGCAGAUCAUGGGGAAGGAGCUGGACUGGAGUGAGGAGCAGAAGACGACCCAGCUGGAAGCAGCCAGGAAGUUUUUGUACCUCGAGAUGGGCUACAGGUCUCGCUCCGAACAGCUGACCAAGACAUCCGAGAUCAACCUGGACAACCAGGAAGUAGCCAGGUACAAGAAGCGUUUCCAUAAUUUUGACAAAGAGAGCAAAGGAUUCAUCACGACUGUCGACGUCCAGCAAGUUUUGGAAAGCAUCAAUGUCCACAUUGAUGAAAAUGCGCUCCAUGAAAUCCUUAACGAGGUGGACCUCAACAAGAACGGUCAAGUGGAAAUUGAUGAAUUCAUGCAGCUGAUGAGCGCGGUGAAGAAGGGACAAGUGUCGGACAGCCGUCUGGCCAUGCUGAUGAAGACGGCGGAGGAAACUCUGAAUAAAAGAGGACCGGUGACGGUGGACCGAAGCGGGGGCGGAUUCUGAGGAUGCCAAGAAAAGAAAUUCAGCUACUGGUCCUUUAAAAGGUGGCAAACACAAAAAGGGUCUCAUGCUAAUGCCACUAUUUGAAUGACAAUAAUGCAAUCAAGCACACGGCGGGAUGAAUCUGGCCAAAUCAAGCGUCACUCCCGAGUGCGUUUUGAGUGAAAUCGUAUCUAAAGAUUGAGGUUUGUUUUUCACGAAGGGUCGAUCCGUUUGUUUUCUCAACAUCUGGUGCCUCUGAUGUCACACAACACAUCUGUUUUCUACUGAUCAUUAACAUUAUCUUUCUACUCCUUUUUAAACUUCAUUUUUUAACACUGAUUGUUGAGCAAACACUGUCGCUGCAGCUUUUUCAUCUGGUUGUGCUUUAUUUCACGGCUCUGAUAUUUCUUAAUAAUUCCCUUAAAGUUUACUGGAAAGAAACAUGUAACCUGGUGCCAACUGUAGGCAAAAUGGAGACGUACGCUUAUAACAUGCAACUUAACAGAAAGGAGGAAUAAAUGACUCAUUAAUGGAGAUUUAUUUCAUUUAAAUGGAUCCAAUUUGACCUGCAAUCUGUAACAAAUCACCAGUUCUUUCCAGGAAACCAAAGAAAUAACUAUGGACCCCUAAAGUAAAGCCAGACAGAGCUUUGCAUUGUAUUGUUUCUGAUCUUAGCAUGUUACAAUUACUAGUCAGGUAAUAUCUAAUGGUUCUUAAAGCACUCUGACAUGUUUCUGAAGUACAUCUUCUUGCACUACCAGUAAUCCACUACUGAUUCUGAGGUUUACACGAUGAGGUUUCCAGCUUUAGCGUUACUGAGGAAGAUGCUUUUCAAUCUGCUCUUUCCAUAUAUAUAUAUAUAUUUCUAUUAUUUAUUCUUUGUCCUUAUGUCACAGCAGCCAAUUAUAGACACAAAUACAUUUACAGAGAUUUAAAUGUUGCAUGAGAAAUUCUCUUUUUUUUUUUUUAUAUGCAUGCAAAAUCUUUAUUUUUACAAAGUGCAUUUGAAGUGGAGUUGUUUUAUUUCUCGUGGUCGUGAGCAGAGAGAGAGUGAGUAGUCCUGCAUGCUGUUAGCGGAUGUUUUCAUCGUUUGUGUGACACAAAUAGGACGUUUUAUCUGUAGCUGUGUGAAUGUGUGAUAUGUGCCUUGAUGUGCCUAAGAUGCGACCCACCUCUUUCACAAUGCCACACUCCAUGUUAACAAAUACAGGACAUGAUGUUAAAGAAUGUAAAGCUAUUUAAACAAGAGUUGUUAUAUAAAGGACGGAGUUUAAACUGUAUUGUUUGUUUGUUCUUUAGAAAGGUCUUGUUAGAAGGGACGUGCCGCCAUGUUGGAGGAGUCAACCAGAAUUUAUUUUGAUAUUUAUUUUAGUCAUCUGGCCUACGUCAGUCAAAAGGGAAGCUGGUUUUUAGGAAGUUAUUUAUUUUAUGAUCCAGUAUUUUUUUUUUUUCUUACGGGUUUGAAGUUGGUUGGAUGUCAUGGUUGGUUGGUGAUGUCAUGUACUUCUGAGCACCAAUCAGGAUUGAGAAAGAAGGUUAGUUGACUUUUUGAGUGUUGAAGUUUUUUUUCCAAGAGUGAAGCAUAUAUUAUUCUAAUGUUUUAGAGAAAUGCUUAUGAUGAAACUAAUUAUUCAGGGACUUUAAGAACAUGAUGCAAAGAUAGUUAUAGUUAUAGUUAUAUUCCUUGAAGGCCAAAUUCAGACUGACUUCAGCUAUUAAACCUCAACUUGUGCUGCUCUUUGACGAAGGAUGAAAUAGUUCCCGUGAUCACUUUAAAGAGUGUCUUAAAGCAUUCCUUCAAACUCUUACAUCUGUUGCUCAAACUGAAAUUCUUUUAUUGUAUUUCAUUUCAGUCUGAUCCAAAAAAUCUGUGAGAAAGACAAUUAUUUAUCGGCACCUUUUGAAAAUUAAAAAACAAAGAAAUGGAGUUAGUUUUCAUUCCUCCAACAUGGCAGUGAGUCUGUCCUCACUCUUCCUCAUUACAGACCUCCUGUUAAAGGUGUUAUAUUGUAAAAGAACGUGUGUGUGUGUGUGUGUGUGUUUCCUUACCGCUUUUAUAUCAUUCUUUAUAUUGAUUAUUAACAGAUUUAUCUACAUGGACUUAUUCGUAUGCAGGAAACAGAAUCAUUCCACAAGGUUUCCUCCCAUGAACCAUCACUAACUGUUCCUGAAGUGUGUGUGUGUGUGUGUGUGUCAGUGUGGUCACAUACACACUACCUCCACGCCGAGGACCCUUCAAACUGCUCGUCAAGAAUAGCUCAUGGGCAGCACGACUUAAAUCCGCAUCCCGAUGUUUGAUUGUCUCCUGCAGAUGAAAUUACAGCUUCAUCUCGGCUCAAAGAGAAUCAUGUUCCAUUUACUGUAAGAAUACUGUGAGCUGGUCUUCAGGUAAAAAAAAAGAAGCAAUUAUCUAAUUAAAUGUAUCUGGUUGCUUGCAAAGCUUUUGUUUUUUUUGUGUUUCUUAUGCGAGCAUCAUUCAUAGGUGGCGUCAUAUCAGCAGAGGUGAGAUGUGAACAGAAAAGAUGUCGCCAUGUUUAAAAGGGUCUUUAUUUUUAUUUGAAUUUAUUUUACAUGUUUUUUAAGGCAAGGCUUAUUUCCCCUCAACAGCUACUCAAUGGACUUCAGUCAGAUCUUUCUGUGAUAUAAGUGCAAUGGAAACCUAAUCAGAAUAUAUCUUCUGCCUCACUACUGGCCUCUAUUGUUUAGAGGGAAAACCAACAGCUACUGUAAAUGAAAUGAGUGACCUAACAUCUUAUUAUGUAUGUAAUGAUGCAGAGUUCAGAGGGAUUCAGUGUCCUCUGAAGUGUUACCUGUUGGCUCGGGUUACACCUGGUAAAAACAUCCUCACUCAGAUUGGUUCUCACAAGUAUAGAAGUACAUUCUCUCACACACACACACACACACUAAACUCUAUCCAGUCUGCUUCCUGCAAACUGCGUGAAAAACAGCCUUUUCUCCCAAAAGGUCACGGUGAGAUUUGAAUGACAGCUUUAAGUCCUCCGCUCAUAUUACAAUCUACAGCGGAGCAGACGUCCGCUGUGAGCCGCCUUCCUGGGAAAGGCCGGGAGUACGGAGAAGCAAUUAACUGUAAUGAAUAAUGGGACAAAUCUGGUUGGCAUAUGACUGCUAAUGCUCCUUUUUUUUCUCUCUGGAGGUGUCUGCCUGCACACUAAUUGAAUAGUGUGAGGAUGAUGGUAUUGUCUUCCUCCACUUCUUCUUUUACUUAAUUCAAAUAGAAUUUCUGAUCCAUGUACAUAAAAUGUAUCUCAUUGUUUGGCUCCAAAUUCCCCAGAAGAUCUGAACAAUUACUCUGCAAAAUCAUAUGGUAUUCAUUCCCAUGUAUCUGUUCUCCUCACACAAUGUUGUUUCAAAGCCUGGUAGCAAGAGAAGGAAUUUCUGGACAAAAAAAAACGUGUCAAAUGUAAAGAAUUGAGCCUGAAGAAGUAUUUGAAACAGCCUUAAAUUGAGCCCCAUGACCCCCCCUCACUGACUAAUCCAGCCCAUGAGCUGAAGUGCCAGUGUUGGUAAUUAAAAAACGCCAUCCUCCCGGUUUCCAUAAACAAGUUGUCGCAAAAAUAAUGAUGUUCUGAUGAGUUUUAAUUGUGACUUUAAUUUAAGUGUGAGUAAGAGCACUGGGAACAGACGGCCCCUCACUUAUUCAGCUAAUAAUUAUGGUAAAUAAGAUGAUAAUUAAUCACAUCGACCUGUUGCAAGCAAGUAAAAGUUCAAAUAUUGAUUAGGGACAGGGCAGGUGAUUUAAUAUAUCAGUAUUGGGUGUUAUUUGUGCCUUUAAGACUAAUUGGAAGUGAAAGUCUUUAAAUAAGGACGUUGCUUUUGAAAGUGUAGAAUGUAUUCUCCAG